AUGAAUAAUACAACCGGCUUUGCACUAGGAGCUGGCAGCCGGGAGGAUGUACCGGUGUACCGAGCUAUAACGGGUUCUCUCCUGGCGCUGCUUAUAAUUUGGACGCUUUUUGGCAACUUGACGGUGUGCGCAGCCGUUUUUCGCUUUCGGCACCUGCGCGCAAAAGUAACCAACAUCUUCAUAGUGUCCCUGGCUCUGUCGGACCUCCUGGUCGCCGUGCUGGUGAUGCCGUGGAAAGCUGUGACUGAAGUGGCUGGUUUCUGGCCAUUUGGAGGGUUCUGUAAGACCUGGCUGGCCUGCGACAUCAUGUGCUCCACGGCCUCCAUCCUCAACCUGUGCGUCAUUAGCGUGGACCGAUACUGGGCCAUCUCCAGCCCUUUCAUCUACGAGAGGAGUAUGAACAAGAAGGUGGCCUCUGUAAUGAUCGGCGUGACCUGGACAGUCUCCGUGAUAAUCUCCUUCGUCCCCGUGCAGCUGAACUGGCACCGUUCAGAGAUGGGUGAUCAGGUUGGUGAAGAUUUUGGGGAGGAGAGUGUUGAUGGGAGCUGUGACUCCAGCCUGAGCCGCACGUACGCCAUAUCCUCCUCCCUCAUCAGCUUCUACAUCCCCGUGGCAAUCAUGAUUGUCACAUACACCCGCAUCUACCUGAUAGCCCAGAUGCAGAUCCGGAUAAUAUCCUCCCUGGAGCGGGCGGCGGAGCACGCGCAGAAUUGCCGCUUGGACGUACCUGAACUUUGUUCUCACCUGUGCACGGAAAUCGAUGCUAACUUAUAUCAGUCUCCUGGCAGUCUUCAUCCUGAAACUCAGCGCUCUAGACAGUCACACCGGGAGCUCAAAGUCUCCAUCAGAAAAGAGACGAAAGUCCUCAAAACUCUGAGCAUCAUCAUGGGUGUUUUUGUCUGCUGCUGGUUGCCAUUCUUUGUCCUGAACUGCGCUCUGCCCUUCUGUCCCGGUGCAGAGGCUCCGGGGGCCCAGCGGGGCCCUUACUGCGUCAGUGAAAAAACCUUCGAUGUUUUCGUGUGGAUCGGCUGGAGCAAUUCGUCGCUCAACCCAGUUAUCUAUGCGUUUAACGCGGACUUCAGAGACGCCUUCCUGCGCCUGUUGCGCUGCCGCGGAGGAGGCUGCUGCGCCGCGAUGAACGCAGCGGUGGAGACGGUGAUGGCGAGUAACGAGGCCGGAAACCUGAAGCAGGGGAGCCCGCUGAACGUGAAGAAGAAUGUCUCCUGUGCCAUUAAUACGAGGGGGAGCGUGGACAGCGGGAACACAACGGUGACUGUGUUUUAUCAUAGAGGAACAUCCUCUGAGCAGGUGACAGACACUAAGGAAAGUAACGUUAACGACAGACUGACACAGAUACCGUUAUAA